AUGGCCGACACUCAGCCAUCAGAAAAUGUUACGCCCAAAUCGCCGGUUGAUGAGGCUGGCCUCUCAGUCGACGAAAUCCAGCUGCGCGCCCAGGGCCACAUUGGCGAACUCCCCCGUCAGUUCAGCGCCUUCGCGACUUUGUCCUUAGCCUUCAGCUUGACCAAUUCAUGGGUUGGUUAUUCUGCCGUCUUCCCAACCCCAUUGUUUGCGGGAGGCGGUCCUACUGUGGUCUUUGGCCUGAUUACUGCCAUGAUUGCCUGUUCUUUCAUCACUGCCGGGCUGGCCGAAUUGGCGUCAGCCUUCCCUUCAAGCGGUGGGCAAUAUCACUUCGCAUUCAUGGUCGCUGCGCCAGAGAAUAGAGCUGCCAUUGCUUUUACCGUUGGCUGGCUGAGUGUCAUUGCCUGGUGUUUGACCGUGGCAUCUGCCCAGAUCUUUUGCGCCCAGAUCAUUAUGAACUUGGCCUCUUUCUACAAUCCGGAAUUCGAGGGCACUCAAUGGCAGACCUACCUUGUUUAUGUGGGGCUUUGCUUCAUCGCCGUGGCCGUGGUUAUCUACCUCCCACGACAAAUUCCAAAGGCUGAAAUAGUCUUCUUCUCCGCGUCCAUCUUAGGAUUUGUCGUCUUCUUUAUUACUGUUCUGGCAAGAAGCGACACCAAACAAUCUGCUCGAACUGUGUUCGUCGAGUGGAACAACCAAACCGGCUGGGGUGACGGAACCGCGUUUCUCUUGGGCGUUGGUGCUUGCAUGUACACCUUCCUCGCAACGGACGGUGCAACACAUGUAGCCGAGGAGAUGCCCAACCCAGGGAAAGGAGUUCCUCAGGCAAUGGGUCUCACCAUGAUUAUUGGCAUCAUCACGUCUUUCCUCUGGACCAUGGCGUUCAUGUUUUCAUCAUCUAAUCUCGAGGAGGUAUCACUCUCUUACCUUCCCAUCCUGACCGUGUAUCAUCAAGCCUUGCGAUCGCAGGACGGCGCCGCGUUUUUCGCCAUCUGGCUUUUCUUCAUCUACUACGGAGCCACCAUAACCUGUUUCGUCACCGCCGGUCGCUUGACAUGGGCAUUUGCUCGCGACAAUGGACUUCCUUACAGCAAAGUCAUCGCCAAAACACAUCCCACCCUUAAAGUUCCAGCCAACGCAACUAUCGCCACCGCUGUCUUUUGUAUUCUCUACGGAUUGAUCUACAUUGGAUCCACCACAGCAUUCAACAGCUUCAUCUCUCUUGCUAUCCUCGGUCUCAACAUCACCUACGUGAUUCCUCAGGCCAUUGUCGUUAUCCGUGGGCGGGACAAGGUCCUUCCCAAGAGGGCCUUCAACCUUGGUCCGAUUAUGGGCCCCUUUUGCAACAUCUUUUCCUCUCUGUGGAUUUCUUUGUAUACGGUCUUAUUCUGCUUCCCCGUGUUCCUGCCUGUUACCGCCCAAGACAUGAACUACGUCAGCGUGGUUUUGGUCGGCGUGGUUCUACUUACUCUCGUCAUUUGGUGGGGCGGGAAGCGACACACCUUUGUCGGACCCAAGAUCGACAUCCAUGGUCUGGAGAUCUUGAGUGCCGCCAACACAGGCACCUUGCGCUCCUCCAGCCUGAGCGCCGAGCCUGUGACAGAGAAAAAUGCUACCGGGUCUUCGGCUGCCGUUUAGAAGUGUGAAAAUGUUGUCUCCAGGGCUUAAUCCAGCAAGCCAUCAUCAAAUUCAGACAGAGCGUGUGGAGUUACAAUGGAAUUGUGUCCAAGCAUGGUGUGAUGAUCAGGCGGAUCUUGUACAGGCAGAGAGACGAGAAAUGUCUAUAUCUCUAGCCAGGGUGAUUUUAAUUUAGUCGACGCCCAGAUCACCAGCUUGUAUUUCGGUAUUGAGUCAGCAGCGGGUAUGUAUGUAGCAAGAGUCGACAUGGAAUGAAUAAUAGAAUUGAUCAAACAGAUUGAC